AUAUAAGUUGAGAAAAAAGUCCGUAACUUUAAUAUUAAUACUUCGAGAAACAUUGCUAAUGAUGUUCUCCGCCUCAUUGACAUCGAUAAGAACCCAAGUUACCUAAUUAAACCUGUAUAAAAUACAAAGUAUAUCAAUGUUAAUGUCACCUUUGUCAAGGUAAAUCGUGAUCCAUUUCCUGUGGAAGAUAGAAAGAACAUGCUUAAAUUGCAAAUGAUACAAUGGUAUACAAGAGUAAAACAAAAAAAUGCGGGAAAGAUCGAUCUGACAUAAUCAUGGGAUUUAGCUAUUUAAUUAACAAAUUAGUUACAAAAUUUAGAUAGGGUGAUCAGUUAUUUCCUAUAAUUAUCUUAAAUAUAUACAUUAGUUUCUAAUUCUUAUAUAUGUUUAAUCCGUUGCAAGUUUGUAAAUUGUAAAAAGCGGAACGUUAAUUGUGCUCUGCAUUAUUUAAAUUCAUAUAAAAUUCAAUGUUCUUUGCAGCUGUCAAAAAGGACAAACCUAAGAAAUCUUCCAGUGGAGUAUUGGCACAUGCAAUAACAUUUCCAGUCAUCAAAGAGGAAGUGGAAGAGGAGGAAGCGGAAGAAGAAUACUUUCGGAACCAACCAGAUUCUCCCUUAACUUCUCUGUAUUGUGGAACAAGAUGGAAGAACCGCACUUGGCCAGACUUUUUAUAUGACAAAUCGUUUGCUGUAAAUUAUUAUGCAGAUUAUGACUUGGAAUCGAUGGAUACAGACGAAGAUGACGUAUUUUUGUCAGAACCUGGAAAUAAUACACAAGUUAAAUUUCCUGAUUUCCAGGAUAACAGUGAUUCAGACUCGGAAAUGGCAAACAUUAUAAAACAAAAUCUCAUUUUUGAGAAUAAAAACUUCUCCAAUUCAUUUACAGAAAGGUCUAACGGAUCCUGUAGGAUAGACCAAGACAUGAAUGCAAAUACAUACACGGACAGGUGCGCGUUAUCUAUUCUAAAACAGAAUGGUAACGUCCCACAUACUGUAAGACCUUUACCUGACAUCAGUAACAGUUUUACGGACAAUGCGGCACUGUCUUGCCAAGCAAACCACAGUGUUGUGCCGACAUUCUCUGACAUCACGGGGGUGAACUUUGCCCUGUUUGUGUUGCUGUUGUCGGGGUACACUUUCCUAGCAUUACGAUGGAACAUGGAUCCUAGAACGUUCGUGUGUUUUGAAUUAUUUGUUGAGUUUUUAUUCUUAAUUGUGAGUUCUUUAUUAGACUAAUUAAUGUACACAUACGUAUAUAGAGGGUUUAUUGUUUAAAAAUAUAACAUGAAUUCUGCGUUGCCUUUUUGAAUAUUUAUUGUUGAACAUAGAUUAAAGAGAUUGAUUAAUUUUGUAA